AUGAGGCAAGUGUUGCAGAUCAAAUAUUUGGGAUUGCCGUUGGUUAUUGGGAGGUCUAAAAGGCAGAUGUUUGAAUUUAUACGACAAAAAGCAACUGCAAGACUUACGGGAUGGAAGGAGAAGCUAUUGAGUCAAGCUGGAAAAGAGGUAUUGUUAAAAUCAGUUGUAAUGGCUUUACCUACCUAUGUAAUGUCUUGCUGCUUGUUGCCACAGACCUUAUGUAGGGACAUAUGCUCAGAAAUGGCUAGGUUUUGGUGGGGACAGAAGAAAGAUGGACAAAGGAUUCACUGGCUCAGAUGGGGAAAGCUGACUGAGGUCAAGUCAGAUAGAGGGUUGGGCUUCAGGGAGCUGAGUGAGUUCAAUUUAGCAUUACUGGCUAAGCAGCUUUGGAGGCUUCUGACUAGGCCGAAUCUCCUGGUGAGCAAGAUAAUGAAGGCUAGAUACUUUAAAGGAAUGUCUAUCUGGGAUACAAAUGCAGCUAAUGGUGACUCAUGGUGUUGGAAGAGUUUUCUCAGUGCAAAACAGCUAUUGGAAUAA